AGGAUCGUCAAGCGAGUUUGUUCAUACACUGCCAACACCUACCAUCCAUUUGUCACUUAUGGCUAAUUUUUUAUGCGCUGAAAAAUUUAACGGAAUCUGCCAUUUGCUUACUCCGUUAUUUCGCGGUAGCUGCGCCAACCAGUGAGACCAUUUCUCUGGAGUUCGCACGAGUGCUUUCGCUGUAACAUAUUGCUAUUGGAUCGUUCGCGUGGAGGGAUUUCUCUAUAAAAGCCCGAUACGCUCAGCAGCCUGUCCGCCAUACAUACCCACUCCAAAGCAGCUGAGAGCUAGCGAUACAGGGGAGAGACGAGUGGGCGGGCGUGCUUCUGAAACUCUGUGCCAUGGCCAAGGCUACGCCCAGUCACACACAUACUGUUUCCGGAUGGGCUGCUCACGAUUCUUCCGGCAAAAUUACCCCUUACACUUUUAAACGACGGGAGAACGGCGUUGACGACGUCACUAUACGGAUCCUGUAUUGUGGCAUCUGCCACACUGACCUUCACUAUGUCAAGAACGACUGGGGCAUUACUAUGUAUCCCGUGGUUCCGGGGCACGAGAUCAUAGGGGUGAUAACGAAGGUGGGGAGCAACGUGAAGGGGUUCAAGGAAGGAGACAGGGCAGGGGUGGGGUGCCUGGCAGCCACGUGCCUGGACUGUGAAUACUGUAGGAGCGAUCAGGAGAACUACUGCCAACAGUUACAGUUCACAUACAACGGUAUCUUCUGGGACGGCAGUGUCACCUACGGCGGCUACUCCACCAUGAUAGUGGCGGAUCACAGAUACGUGGUGCACGUACCGGAAAACCUGAGGAUGGAAGGAGCGGCUCCGCUGCUGUGCGCGGGGAUAACGGUGUUCAGUCCGAUGAAAGAUCACGGGCUGGUGGAGAGCGGGGGGAAGAGGAUAGGGGUGGUGGGGCUGGGAGGACUGGGGCAUGUGGCGGUGAAAUUCGGGAAGGCAUUCGGGCACCACGUGACGGUGAUCAGCAGGUCGGCGGGGAAGGAGUGGGAGGCGAAGAACAGGCUGGGAGCCGACGAGUUCUUGGUAAGCAGCGACCAGGAGCAGAUGGAGGCGGGGAAGAGGACGCUGGAUUUCGUACUGGACACGGUGUCAGGGGAGCAUUCUCUGUUACCAAUCCUGGAACUGCUCAAGGUCAACGGCACACUGUUCAUCGUAGGGGCUCCCAACGAGCCCCUCCAGCUGCCGGCUUUCCCUUUGAUCUUCGGGAAAAGGACGGUGAAAGGAGGCAUCAUCGGAGGCAUCAGGGAGACGCAGGAAAUGCUGGACCUCUGUGGCAAGCACGACAUCACGUGCGACGUGGAGUUGAUAAGGCCUCAUCAGAUCAACCAGGCCUUGGAUCGCCUCGCCUCCAACAAUGUCCGUUACCGUUUCGUCAUCGACAUCGCUUCUGCCUCUUCCUCUCCUCUUUAAUUCUCCUCUCGGAACCCCCGUCUUCCCACCCCCCCCCCCCGGGUGCCACCUCCAGGCCUCAUGAAUACAACAUUCUCAGCAGUCAAUCCGUGUAACUUUUAUUACAAGGGUGGAACGGCAAGUUGCAAAUAAAUUACUAAAUUCCUGAAACCACGCCACAUGAUUUUAUAUACUGAUGAUUGAUGCGCAUGUUCCCGCUACGUUAAUUCCCGCCUUCGCACCAUGUAAAUCUUGAACAUUACGUAAAGCAGACCUGUACAACCAGUUGGGCGAAUUGCAACUCUGACCGGACACCAAUC